CAGGAUUCCUAGAGCCGUAUCUCAGAAUCGUAUGCACAUAGGUUGCAGUUAAGUCUUGCUCAAAGAUUUCUGGGAGAACCAAGAACUUUCGUUGUUAAUGGAAGUGUGGCAACUGGAGCAGGUGACAAAGAACAAGCCCUUGCUAGUCCCUCCUUCAUUCACUCCACACAUGGGUUGCUUGUGGCGUCUGGGCUGCUUGGUCUCCAAUGGUAGCAGAACACAGCAAAAAUCCAUGUGUUCUGCCUGGUGGCUGUGUGUGGCUGGCCUCCUAGGGGCCUGCAGGCUGGGCAUGGAUGCCGUGGAGGACACUCCCUGUGCUGGACUGGCUGGAGCGAGGGCAGAUAGAGUGGACGGGGCUUGGACAUUCUGGAUGAAGAGCCAGUGGCCUCAGGGCAGAAAUGACACCAAGGUGAAGAACCGGAGUCCUGGGGGUGUAACAAGCCCAGGUCCUCAAGGCAAGGGUGGGAACUCACGAGCGCCCAACUCCAAGCUGUGUCCUCGCCCCGCAAGCUUGUGCUGGUCACUGCUGCCCUGUGCCCCCCGGAUAGAACCACUGCUGGAGGAGAAGCCUUUCUCAGAGCCCUGGGGAAGGGGAUGGCCAGGCCACAUACACUCCUGGCCCUGCUCCACUGGCUGCACUGGAGUGGCAUCUGGAUGGACAGCAGCCGGCUGGAGACUGGGAGGUGGCCUGGGCGCAGGAGGCUGGAGCGCUGAGCAGCAUGUGCUGCAGGGCAGCAGGACGCAGGGGCCUUCCAGCCGGACUCGCACGUGGCACUCUCUGGGGCAGGUGGUGACAGGAGGCAGACACGCUCCAGGGGAAUCCCUCAGUCACCACGCUCCAGGAACUUUCGCCUCACGUUUAGAACCAGGGUAGAUUUGGAGACUCCUGGGAUCUUUUGACAAAAUUUCUCUCCAGUCUCUAAGUACAAAGGAUGCUCCUAUAAAGGUCCAGAUGGCAAGCCCGGGA